AUGCGGUACUGUCACUCUUCAUCCUUACCAUUCCACCCAUCUCUCGGCUUCGGACGUGACGCUGCUUCGGCUCUCCCUCGUCGCCAGAAAACUUUAUCACUCCAAACGUCUAGGCAAUAUCGUGGGGGCUCUCGGUUGAUAUCUCCACCACAUUCCACGUCAACAAAGCAGUCUGGGUCUAGCGUUUCGGAUGAACAACCUCAGUCACGUGUCUCUGGACGGCAGUCUUCGUUUGAGCUAAAAGAAGGGGCUACGUUACAAUCGUUCCCAGGGCACUGA